CGUCCCUUUCCACCCUCGAAAGAUCAUAUCUUGCUUCUGUGGGUUAUUUAUUCACAGAUCGUGAGCCGUGAAUCCACUUCGCCAAUUUGAUGAUACAGCGCACCAUCAGCUGAGGCAUGCAGGAAAUUUUAAGAAACGGCUCCUUAGUUUUAAGGGUUUGCCUGGGCCUUGUAUGUUUUCUUUAUUCAAGUGCUCACCCAUCAUACAGGCAGGUGGCACUGCAAGACCUCUCACUUACGGAUCCAUAUUGGCAUUCUCUUAUCGAUGGUAAAGAACAUCUAAUAGGACAUGAAAGUCGUCGUCUGGGGAUUGCAACUGCAAACUUGGCGAAGAAAGAAACAUCACAUUCAACAAGAAAUCUUGUCUCUUUGGAGAGCCUUUACCAUCCUGUAGCCAAGGGAGAUAUUAGGAAGUUUCUUCUGAGUAGUUUGGUUAGCCAACAUCCCACGACAACCUUGGAUGAAAACAUCCCUUUGGGUAACGCUGCUCUCUAUAAUUCUUACAUAGAUGUCGAUUCUGAUGUUCGUGAACGACGAACAUUUCCGGAGGUCGAUUCCCGUGGAUUUGACGAGGACGUAUUUGACGAAGGCUUUGGCGAAUGGUCUCCAAUGAAGAGGGGGAAAUGAUUACACUUAAGUUUAUCUUCUUUGUUUUGAGUUAAGUAUUUCUUUUAUGUAAGAUUACCACAACUUCAACUCAUAAAUCAAAUGUUUUUGUUGUUGUGUUUAUUAUUUAUUAAAACUAUGAACAUAAGUGAACAUUUUUGGUGAAGAUUCACAAAAUUAAAACUAAUUAGAAUGAGAUAAUUAUUCUAUAAAAAAAAUUCUAGGUGUGUGUAUAUAUAUAUAUUAUUAA